AUGUCGCGUGAGUCUAGCUUUACAGAAGUAAAAAAAAAAUCAAGUAUAGGUAUAGAAUAUAGGUAUAAAUAUAGAAAAAGAAUAGGUAAUAAUAUUCCUGAUGUUCCUGAUUAUUACCCUGAUCACUGCCAUAGGGAUGAUUUUGGAAUUGUUGAACAUGUGGUGGCAUCUGCUGUUCCAUAUCUCACUCAUGAUGGUUUGAGUGAGUGUCAGCAGCAGUUGCGAGGUAGGAGUCUUAAAUCAAACUCAUGCUAUAUUUCUACCAUAAUUAACUCUUUUGAUAUAAUUUUUCUAUCCGAGCACCGGCUGUCAAAUGUCGAGCGAUUUAUUUUAUAUGAUCUAUCAGCUCCAACACAUCAAAUAUUUUUUCACUCUGCUGAAAAGAAAGAAUACGGAAGACCUUUUGGGGGAAAUGCUUUUUUAGUUUGUAAAAACUUACUGCUUUCUCUUCACGUAAUACACGAAGAUGAACACAUUCUUGCAAUAAAAGGUUCAUAUGGCAACAGUGUUUUUAUUUUUAUUGGAGUUUAUCUUACUUCAUGCAGAAAUACUUCUGAAUCAUUAAAACAAUAUCUGUCUCAACUUAGUGUAAUUGCCUCCAUCAUUAACACAUACGAGGAUGAAGAAGAGUGUAUAACUGCCGGCGAUUUUCAGUUAUUUCCUGAAAAUAUAUAUGACACGGAAGUUCGAAAUAACCAAACACGAAACAACUUUUCUAGGCAUUUAUCUAAUUUUCUUGAAACAAACGAGCUUUCUUUUUUGGAUAUAAUUAGUGGUACUGGUCCUACCUAUACCUAUAAGCAUAAAACACUAAAUAAUUCAUCUUACAUCGAUCACAUAGCAUAUGCAUGGAAGGAUGACAACUUUAUUGAAAUUUAUAAUCGGAAUCUCUCUCAGUUCUUCGAAGAUUACGCUUUUAUUGGAGAAGCAAUAGAAAAACAAACUCAAACAACAUGCGAAAAAAUAAACAAUGCUGCCGCUUUAGCUAUGAAAGAAUGUUAUCAAAAAAAAGAGUUUUGCAUUUACUCUAAAUCAUGGUGGACACCGGAAGUUAAAUUAUGCAAAGACAUUCUCUCUUUCCACUUUAAAGAAUGGAAAAAAUGUAACUAUUGCAGAUCGCAGGAAUCUAUUUCAUUUAAUAAAUACAAGCUAGCUCGUAAAAAUUUUCGUAAAACAUUUUGGAACAAUAUCCGAAAAAUUAAAUCUAUUCCGAACACUCGUAUUCUUACAAUAAAUAAGAAACAAGUUGGAAAGGAAAUUGUAGAAGAAUUUCGACAAAACUUUAAUACAAUUUUCAACACUCCCACAAUUACUAACAACAAUUCCGAACACCGCAAUAUUCCCCAACUUAUAGUUGAACCUAAUAAAAUACUCUUAUCAACUUCCGACAUUGAAUCUUGUAUUCGUAAGCUAAAGUCUAAUAGAUCACGUGACUCUUGUGGAAUUACUGCAGAGCAUCUUAAAUACUCUUCUAAUAACAAUCUUGUUACAUGGCUUUCAAAGUUUUAUAACAGUAUUUUUAAUAAUGGAGCUGUGCCAGAGUACUUAUCAACUUCCAUAAUUACCCCAAUAGUAAAAUCCUAUAAAAAAUCUCUUAAUAAUUCAGAUAACUAUCGCGGUAUUAGUAUUACACCGACCUUGACAAAACUCUUUGAAUAUAUUAUCAUGCAAGUAUGUCCGGAAAUAUCAGACAUUCACUCUCAUCAAUUUGGUUUCAAGCAAAAUAGCUCCACCCUGCAUGCAGAGUUCCUAUUGAGUGAGACAUUAAAACAUUAUAAUAAUAAUAAAUCGCCAGUAUAUAUCUGUAGUUUAGAUGCAAAUAAGGCUUUUGAUAGCUGUAACUGGGAUUUGCUGUUUGAGAAACUUUAUUACAACAAAAACUUACCGCUAUCAGUAGUUCGCGCACUACAAUCAUUAUAUCGCUCGGGUACAGCUAAUAUAUCAUACCUUGGACAUAAAUCAAAUAAUUUCUGCUUGACUCAAGGUGUGCGACAAGGAUCCAUUUUAUCGCCACAUUUAUACAACAUUUAUACUGAAAGUAUAUUAAGUCAAAUUGUUUCCGAUUGUAAAGUUGGAACAACAGUAAUUGAAUCUGUUUAUCAGAUUACUGAGCAAUCCGACUUGUCUUUCCUUGAUUUUAACUCAAAUAUCUAA